AUGUUGAAUAGCAGUGCUCUUGCGCAGAAACUGGCUCCAGGUCCCUGGAUUGAAAAAACAGGGAAAGACAUAGAGGGACUUCCCCAACAGACACAUGCCAAUGACUGUGGCAUUUUUAUGAUAAUGUAUACUUGGUACCUAAUCCUUGGUGCACCAUUUGACUUCACUGUCGACGAUAUGCCAGUACUGCGAAGAUGGUGGUGUGUAGUGCUAGUGGAAAACCUACACCUGGAAGGGCAUGGAAGACGAUUUGCUCAUUUCACUAAAGAGGGCAAGCAAAUGGUCAAUGGGUGCCUUUCACCCAUCUUCAGACUGAAGAGGAAGAGACCGUGUACUGAAGUGACAAAUCAGCGCCCUUGGACAAUGACUAACCAGGCAAAAACAACUGAAAUUGUCCAGCUAACGCAGUUGAAUCACGAAUGCCUCCUCUGA